CUCAAAUCCUAUAGUCUUGAGCUCGGGCCUUAUUCCGAUAUUUAAUUUACUGCUAUUUUACGUUUAUUUAUUUUUUUUCCUUGUUUCUUUUUUCCUUUAUAAACUUGAUUAUGACUACAGCUGCUGCUGCUACUACUUCCUCUGUUAGUCCUCAUGGUAUUACUACCCAUGUUGCUACUGCUAUGACAGCUAAUACAAGUACUUUCAAAAUUCAGCAACAUGAUAGGAUAAAUAACGAUGUCAUUCAAAUAAAACCAAAAAGAAAGCGCAUUUCACCACAGCAAUUCCAUCUGCUGUCAGAAUCAUUCAAACAAACAGAUACCCCAAAUUAUGAUUUACGGGAAAAAUUAGCAAAACAGUUAGACAUGACAAAUCGUGAAGUUCAGGCAAGUUUUUUUUUUAAAGUGUUCAUAUGAUUUAGUGGUGUAACCUUCUCUUUAGGUAUGGUUUCAAAACCGUCGUGCUAAGGUCAAUCGACUUAGGUU